GCUGGUAGUUGCAGUCUCUUCGGAUAAAGCGAUGCAGGUGGAGUAGAUACCGUCGGAUCGGAUGAGUCAGCUACAUACAUAGACGGUUGUUCGGUUAAAACGGUCAAGACAACUCAGAAAAGAAAGGAACACUCAACCCUACAUAAAUACUAACCACAACCACUAUAAACCUCAAAACCUCAUCGAUCAUCACUUACAUCUACUCCUCUUCCCUCCACCACAACCACAACCAACUACUACGACAGAUACACUUACUAGAUCACUGGAUUCUCAUCCGACCUGGUCGUCGUCAGUCUUGAAUAAUAUAACAAUCCAAUCCAGCACAGACAUCCUUCCAUCCGACUUCAUUAACAGACAAGAUCCCUGGAGCUGUCGUCAUCAUCGCUGGUCAUUCAUUCAAAAAUCGAACACAACUCCAAGAUCUCGAACGAGCUUCUCAAGAAGCCAAAAGAAGCUCCAGAAAUCAAAAGAGGAAGAAGAAAACUUGGAUCGGAUCUCGGCGGGAGUAAGAAGGCCUUCAUCACCAGACAGAGCUCGAUCAUUAUUAUAAACAACGAAAGAUGUCGCACUCGAACUCGACAACAAUGCCGACUGGCUCAUCAUCAUCUUCCUCAACAACCACAACCGGUGGUGGUGGACCGUCUACUACCAACAACAACAAUAACAAUCCCCCAUCAUCGAGCUCUCAAAGUGAAGAUAAAAACUCAGUGGUCAUCAAAGUCGGAAUGGUUGGAGAUUCGCAGAUCGGUAAAACUAGUUUAAUGGUCAAAUAUGUCGAAGGAAGUUUUGAUGAAGAUUACAUCCAAACACUAGGAGUGAAUUUCAUGGAGAAGACGAUUUCGAUCAGAAACACGGAGAUAACGUUCUCGAUUUGGGACUUAGGAGGCCAAAGGGAAUUUGUGAACAUGCUACCAUUAGUCUGUAACGAUGCAGUAGCGAUCCUGUUCAUGUUCGAUCUCAGCAGGAAGUCCACAUUAAAUUCGAUCAAGGAAUGGUAUCGUCAGGCUAGAGGUUUCAAUAAGACGGCGAUUCCAUUUCUAAUCGGAACGAAAUACGACCAUUUCGCAGCGUUCUCAAAAGAUGAACAAGAAGAAAUCACACGUCAGUCCCGGAGAUUCGCAAAAGCAAUGAGAGCACCAUUAAUAUUCUGUUCAACUUCACACUCGAUCAAUGUACAAAAAAUCUUCAAAAUCGUUCUUUCUAAAGCAUUUGAUCUCAAGUGCACGAUACCUGAAAUCACCGGUAGUGGAGAACCUUUAUUGAUUUAUCUUGAUGUUUGAUUACUCUCUUUACUUCCCUCAUCAUCUGAAAAAUCUAUAUUGAAAAAAAAAUCCAGGCUUCUGUUUGUUUCUUCUUUGCUGUUUUUGUUUUGCUUCCUUAUCAUUAUUAUUACAAUUGUUCUAUCAAUUCCUUUCCAUUCAAACGAACUAACAAAAAAAAAAAAACAGAAAACAGAAAACAGAAACAGAAAAAAAGGUGGAGUUGGGGAGAUGAAGUUAAACUUUGGGGGGUACAGUAUAUAAACUUGUUUAGUUUCUUUUAUUUACUUGUUUAUUUAUUUGUAUUGAAUUGAUACUUCAUUUUUUUCCUAACUUAUUGUUCUGAUUGAUGGCACUUCUAAAUACAUUCCUUUUUUUAUCAAUA